GUGUUGGACAGCAGCUGAUUCUUUUUAUAUCUUUUCAAGAGCUACAAUACAUAAUUGUUAUAUAUUUUAGACCUGCACGAAAAUAUAGCUUCAUAUACCCCCGUCCGCCUGUAGUUAGGCUUUUUAUUCUCGGCAAAGUAUUCUCUCAGAUUGAAAGCUACAAUUGAUAAUACGUUGCACGAGCAAACAAUAAAUAUUAAUAUUUAACACAAGUAUGCACAUGGUUGUAUUUUGAAAUUUAGUUUUGCGCGCUUUUUGACUGGUUUUGGCGCGAAUUUGUCAUAGGCCAAGCAAAGCUCUUUGCGGAAAGUCGAAUAUAACAUUCAUUCAAAACAAAAAUGGUGAGCCCCUGUAAAAAUGCAGAAUCUCCGAGCAAAGAUUCAGCCGCCAUGCUGAAAAGGCGUAUGGACUGGAAUGCAAUGGACAUCUCGCCGACCAAGAGGUCAGAACCCAUGAAGGAGAAUCACCAGGAUAACCGGAUGACAGAACAGUCCAAAGAUGUUGCCAUCUGUGAGAACAUGGAUGAAAAGCAGUAUUUGCUAUUCAUAGACAGGAUUAUUAAGAAUGGAGAUAAGCGCGUCGAUCGUACUCGGGUGGGAACCUUGUCAAUAUUUGGCGGCCAAAUGCGCUUCGAUUUGCGUGACUCGUUUCCGCUGCUGACCACGAAGCGUGUAUUCUUUCGAGGCGUGGCCGAGGAACUGCUGUGGUUCAUUGCCGGCAAGACCGAUGCCAAGAUAUUGCAGGCAAAGAAAGUCCACAUAUGGGAUGCUAACAGCACGCGCGAGUUUCUGGACAACUGCGGCCACACCGAACGGGCUGUCGGGGAUCUGGGUCCGGUUUAUGGAUUCCAGUGGCGUCACUUUGGCGCCGAGUAUCGCACUUGCGAUGACGAUUACACCGGCCAGGGUAUUGACCAAUUACAACAAGUGAUACAUACGAUUCGAACUAAUCCCUCGGAUCGUCGCAUUAUUAUGUCCGCCUGGAAUCCGAUGGAUAUACCCAAAAUGGCGCUACCGCCGUGCCAUUGCCUAGUUCAGUUCUUUGUCUCGCAGUCCAAGGGCGAAUUGUCCUGCCAGCUAUAUCAGCGCAGUGCUGACAUGGGUCUCGGCGUUCCCUUCAACAUUGCCUCCUACGCUCUGCUCACCUAUUUAAUAGCCCAUGUGACGGGUCUGAAACCCGGCGAAUUCAUCCACACCAUAGGCGAUGCUCACGUUUAUCUCAACCAUAUAGAACCGCUGCAGCAGCAGAUAAAACGUAGCCCCAAGCCCUUUCCCAAGCUCAACAUUAAGCGCCAGGUUACAAAUAUUGAGGACUUUCGCUACGAAGAUCUUGAACUUGUUGGCUACAAUCCCGAUAAGACGAUUCCAAUGGAGAUGGCCGUUUGAAACGGAGCAUUUUAACAAUUUUUUCUCACUUGUAUUAGAAAUAAAGUUUGGUGUAUAUAUU